UUUAAAAAAUUGAGAAAUUAGAUCUAGCUAGUGGCUCGUUUCGCUGCUUCAGAUCUCUCUUCGAUCGAGCCUCUCCGGUCAAGGGAUAAUCAAAACUAGAGAGCAAAAGCAAUUCUCAUAUCCCAUUUCUCUCUCGAUCCCGUCGUUAUCUGUAACGAUCUAGCUGCGCAGGAUCCGUUCUUAUAUCGUUCGAUACAGUGGUUGAUGUUGAAGCAGAGGGAAGACGAAGAAGUGGAAGAGGAAUAAGAAGGUCAAGAGGGAGGAAAUAUGGCGGCGGGUGGAUUUUUGACCCGAGCAUUCGAGACGAUGCUCAAGGAGUCUGGUGGCAAGAAGUAUCCUGAUCUCCAGAAAGCUGUUCAAGCGUAUCAAGAUGGUUCGAAGGUUGUUACCCUGGCUGCAUCCUCGAGCAUAGAUGAGAGUUCACAGGCUGAAAGUGGAAGUGAAAAAAUUGGGGGAGAAGCAGAUGAACCGAGUGGUGAAGUGGCCGAUCAGGCUAGCCAGUCAAAAAGCGGAACUAUCAACAAUUCCUUAGCUAAUGCUGGACACACAUUAGGGGGAGCUGAAGUGGAGCUUGUUCUGAAGCCUUUACGCCUUGCAUUUGAGACAAAGAACUUAAAGAUUUUUGAUGCUGCUUUGGAUUGUCUUCAUAAACUCAUUGCCUACGAUCACUUGGAGGGCGAUCCGGGUUUGGAUGGUGGAAAAAAUUCUGCUCCUUUCACCGAGAUUCUGAACAUGGUUUGCAGCUGUGUCGAUAAUUCAUCAGCAGACAGCACUGUACUUCAAGUGCUGAAGGUUCUUCUUACAGCUGUUGCUUCAGGAAAGUUCAAAGUGCACGGGGAACCAUUACUGGGAGUUAUUCGAGUUUGCUAUAACAUUGCUCUAAAUAGCAAGAGCCCAAUAAACCAAGCAACUUCUAAAGCAAUGUUAACUCAAAUGAUAAGCAUUGUUUUCAGGAGAAUGGAGACUGACAUUGUUUCCGCGUCAUCUACAGUGUCUCAAGAAGAACAUAUUUCAGGCGACAGUUCAAGCUCUAAAAAUGUAGAAAUUACUGCAGCUGACCAAAAUGAGAAAGAAAUGACCUUAGGAGAUGCACUCACUCAGGCAAAAGAUACAACUCUUGCUUCUGUUGAAGAGCUGCAUACCCUUGUGGGCGGUGCUGAUAUUAAGGGUUUAGAAGCCGCCCUUGACAAAGCUGUGCAUCUUGAAGAUGGCAAGAAAAUAAAACGGGGCAUCGAGCUAGAGAGCAUGAGUAUUGGACAGCGUGAUGCAUUGCUAGUGUUUCGUACCCUUUGCAAGAUGGGUAUGAAAGAAGAUAGUGACGAAGUCACAACCAAGACCCGUAUAUUGUCUCUUGAGCUUCUUCAGGGUAUGCUAGAAGGAGUUAGUCAUUCGUUUACAAAGAACUUUCACUUUAUUGAUUCAGUGAAAGCAUACCUUUCAUAUGCAUUGUUGCGAGCUUCAGUUUCUCAGUCUGCUGUUAUAUUUCAGUAUGCAUCUGGUAUCUUCUCCGUGCUUUUGCUGCGGUUCAGAGAUAGUUUAAAAGGUGAAAUUGGUAUCUUUUUCCCCAUCAUCGUCUUACGAUCAUUAGAUAGCUCCGAGUGUCCCAAUGACCAGAAGAUGGGUGUUCUUAGGAUGCUUGAAAAAGUCUGUAAAGAUCCUCAGAUGCUUGUUGAUGUGUAUGUAAACUAUGAUUGUGAUCUAGAGGCCCCGAACCUGUUUGAGCGCAUGGUAACAACACUGUCUAAAAUUGCUCAAGGGUCUCAAACUGCUGAGCCAAAUCCUGCCAUGGCUUCACAAACAGCUUCAGUUAAAGGUUCAUCCCUUCAGUGCCUGGUGAACGUUCUUAAAUCGCUGGUUGAUUGGGAGAAAAUAAGAAGAGAAGCUGAAAAUAGUACAAGACAUCCGAACGAGGACUCUGAUUCUGUUGGAGAGCCCAUUGAAACUAAAAGCAGGGAAGAUGUCCCAAGCAACUUUGAGAAGGCUAAAGCUCAUAAAUCCACAAUGGAGGCUGCCAUUUCUGAGUUCAACAGGAAUUCAGUGAAAGGUGUAGAAUAUUUAAUAGCAAACAAGUUGGUCGAAAGGAAUCCUGCUUCCGUUGCACAGUUUCUGAGAAGUACGUCAAGUUUGAAGAAGGUUAUGAUUGGCGAUUACUUGGGCCAACACGAGGAGUUUCCUCUUGCUGUCAUGCACGCAUAUGUUGACUCUAUGAAAUUUUCAGAAAUGAAGUUUCAUUCUGCUAUUCGUGAAUUCCUCAAAGGUUUUAGACUUCCAGGAGAGGCUCAAAAAAUUGAUCGCAUUAUGGAAAAGUUUGCAGAGAGAUAUUGCGCAGACAAUCCGGAUCUUUUCAAGAAUGCAGAUACCGCCUAUGUUCUAGCCUAUGCAGUUAUUAUGUUGAAUACCGAUGCGCAUAAUCCAAUGGUUUGGCCUAAGAUGUCAAAAUCAGAUUUUAUACGUAUGAAUGCUACGACUGAUCCUGAAGAUAGUGCUCCAACUGAACUUCUGGAAGAGAUCUAUGAUUCUAUUGUACAAGAAGAGAUUAAACUAAAAGAUGAUGACAGCAACAUAAGGAAGGUCAGUAGUCAAAGGCCAGGAGGAGAAGAAAGAGGUGGUCUUGUCAGUAUUCUUAAUCUGGGUUUGCCCAAAAGAAUAACAGCAGCUGAUGCUAAAUCUGAGACUGAGGAUAUUGUUAGAAAAACACAGGAAAUUUUUCGAAAGGAUGGAGUGAAAAGAGGAGUCUUUCACACUGUCGAGCAAGUGGACAUUAUAAGGCCGAUGGUUGAAGCUGUUGGGUGGCCUCUGCUUGCUGCUUUCUCCGUUACAAUGGAAGUAGGUGAUAACAAACCAAGGAUUCUUCUCUGCAUGGAGGGAUUUAAAGCUGGCAUACAUAUCGCUUUUGUUCUUGGAAUGGAUACAAUGCGCUAUGCCUUUCUAACAUCGCUUGUCAGGUUCACUUUCUUGCAUGCUCCAAAAGAAAUGCGGAGCAAAAAUGUUGAAGCAUUGAGGAUAUUGCUGGCUUUGUGUGACUCAGAACCUGAUACCCUCCAAGAUACUUGGAAUGCAGUUUUAGAAUGUGUUUCUCGGCUUGAAUUUAUUAUUUCUACUCCUGGGAUUGCUGCAACAGUAAUGCAUGGAUCAAAUCAGAUCUCAAGGGAUGGGGUUGUUCAGUCCUUGAAAGAAUUAGCCGGGAGACCGGCUGAACAAGUUUUUGUAAACAGUGUGAAGCUGCCCAGCGAAUCUGUUGUGGAAUUCUUCACUGCUCUAUGUGGCGUGUCCGCUGAAGAACUGAAACAGUCUCCUGCCCGUGUUUUCAGCCUGCAGAAGCUCGUUGAGAUCAGUUAUUACAACAUAGCUCGUAUUCGAAUGGUCUGGGCAAGAAUAUGGUCUGUCCUCGCUGAACAUUUUGUAUCUGCUGGUAGCCAUCAUGAUGAAAAGAUUGCAAUGUAUGCCAUAGAUUCUCUGAGACAGCUCGGGAUGAAGUAUUUGGAACGUGCUGAGCUGACCAAUUUCACUUUCCAAAAUGAUAUUCUCAAACCGUUCGUUAUUAUCAUGCGGAAUACUCAAAGUCAGACCAUUAGGAGCCUAAUCGUUGACUGCAUCGUUCAGAUGAUAAAAUCAAAAGUUGGAAGUAUAAAAUCGGGAUGGAGGAGUGUUUUUAUGAUAUUUACAGCAGCUGCAGAUGACGAAGUUGAAUCAAUAGUUGAAAAAUCAUUUGAGAAUGUUGAGCAAGUUAUUCUGGAACACUUUGACCAGGUGAUCGGUGACUGCUUCAUGGAUUGCGUCAACUGUCUCAUCCGGUUUGCCAAUAACAAAGCUUCAGACCGGAUAAGCCUGAAAGCUAUUGCCCUUCUCAGAAUAUGUGAAGAUCGGCUUGCAGAGGGACUUAUACCUGGUGGUGUUCUCAAGCCCGUCAAUACCAAUGAGGAUGAAACUUUUGAUGUGACAGAGCAUUACUGGUAUCCGAUGCUUGCCGGUUUAUCUGAUCUUACAUCAGAUUUUAGGGCUGAAGUUAGAAACUGCGCUCUGGAGGUGUUGUUUGAUUUGCUGAAUGAAAGAGGCAAAAAGUUCUCCACACCUUUCUGGGAGAGUAUCUUUCAUCGCAUCUUGUUUCCAAUUUUUGAUCAUGUGAGUCAUGCUGGAAAGGAAGGCUUAAUAUCGUCUGGGGAUGUAAAAUUUCGUGAAACAAGCAUUCACUCCCUUCAGCUCCUCUGCAAUCUCUUUAAUACGUUCUACAAGGAAGUUUGUUUUAUGCUGCCUCCACUUUUAAGUUUGCUCCUAGACUGUGCGAAGAAAUCAGAUCAGACAGUUGUUUCAAUUUCAUUAGGAGCAUUGGUUCACCUCAUAGAAGUUGGAGGCCACCAAUUUAGUGAGGGCGACUGGGAUAUGCUCUUGAAAAGCAUAAGAGAUGCAUCAUACACAACUCAACCGCUGGAGCUGUUGAGUGCUUUGAGUUUUGACAAUCCUGAAAAGAACCUAGUUCUGACAGGAGAUAUAGAGGCCGAUGCCUCUGAUUAUCCACGAGUUGAUCAUAAUCCGGACGAUAUGGAAGAUAAUGGGAAAGUUGCAUCUCCAAGGAUUGGUACUCAUGGUGCUUCCCAAGAAUCUGGGAUACUGCCCAAGUCAGAUGGUGCUGAAGGUCGUCCGUCGUCAUCUGGAAGGUCUCAAAAGGAUGGGGAUGAUGUGAAUAUCCAUCGAAGUCAGACUUUUGGUCAACGAUUCAUGGACAAUCUCUUCAUGAGGAAUCUCACAUCUCAACCAAAAAACUCUGCUGCAGAGGUGUCUGUACCCUCUUCUCCAUAUAAGCAUGUGGAUCCUACAGAGCCCGACAACAGAGAAGAAGAGAGUCCAUCUCUGGGAACUAUUAGAGGCAAAUGCAUCACACAAUUACUACUACUUGGUGCUAUCAACAGUAUCCAGCAAAAAUACUGGAGUAAUUUGAAAACAGCACAAAAGAUUGCGAUUAUGGACAUCUUAUUUUCUUUCAUAGAAUUUGCUGCUUCCUACAAUUCAUAUUCUAACCUCAGAACGCGUAUGAAUCACAUCCCCGCGGAGAGGCCACCUUUAAACCUUCUCCGGCAAGAGCUGGAAGGAACCAGCAUAUAUUUGGAUGUCUUGCAAAAGACAACUUCUGGGCUUGUCGAUGGUGCAUCUAACACUGAAGAUAAACUAGAAGGUGCAGCAGAAGAAAAAUUGGUAUCGUUUUGUGAACAGGUGCUGAAAGAAACAUCUGAUCUCCAGUCUACUCUGGGGGAGACUACUAACAUGGAUGUUCAUCGCGUGCUAGAGCUACGUUCUCCUGUAAUUGUGAAGGUUCUGGAAGGCAUGUGCUUCAUGAACAACAAAGUAUUCAGGAAACAUAUGAGAGAGUUCUACCCUCUGCUCACGAGACUUGUCUGCUGUGAACAGAUGGACAUACGAGGUGCACUAGCUAACCUUUUCAAAGCACAAUUGAAGCCUCUUUUGCAACAGUAAAUGAUCGAAGCCGUGAAAAUGUACACACCUGUGAUUUACUUCCCACAGUUUGGGUUGUUUUUUUCCUACAUUGGAAUGGUUACUCACAUCUCGAUUAGAUUUCCAAUGGUACUCAGACUGUAUCAGUUGUCUUUGAGAUUCUUGAUCCCAUCUUAUGGACUUCAAACUGAAAAAAACUUCAAAUUGUACGGUAUUUUUGUUGAUUCUUAAUAUUUUCUUCCGUUGAUCAAA